AUGCAGACCAACGCUGAAAUUUUAGACAUGAAGGAAAAUUGCGGCGCAAAGCAACACUUGAAAGGGAAGUACAAAGUUAGAAGAGCGACUAAAAGCAUAUAUAAGAACGACGUAAAUUAUUAUGAUAAACAUUACGCGAACAUGAAAGAAGCAAAAGAUGCACCGAGUAAUAAAACACAAGAAACGAACCACUCCUCAGAAGAUAAUUAUUACCAAAAUAAUAUGAACGGAAUGAAUAAUUAUGACUCUUCUUUGUUAGCGGAUAAAGAUAAUCAUGAUAAUUCUACAAACCAUGAAUACGACAUGGACACCUUGGACAAUGACACCUCAGGGAACAGAACAUAUAGCUAUGGAGUAGAUUCGUAUGACUGUGGCGUCACAGACAACGGCAACAAUAUGGUCAAUAUGAAUGGGACUGCAACGGAUUAUAGUACAUAUGUGAACCCCGAAAUGUAUUCUUACGGAGUAAGUAUGGGGAAUAGCUCCUUGGGGAAUAACCCCUUGGGGAACGUUGGCAUGGGCCAAAUGGGCAACACAAGUCAUACCGCCCUCGUCAAUGGAAUGCACACAAUGAACGGCAUGAACGGCGUGAACGGGAUGAACGGAAUGAACGGAAUGAACGGAAUGAACAACGCGGCGGAUUUUAUGGGUCACAUGGGCAUGGUCAAUGGGCUAAAUGGUAUGCUUACAGUGAACUGCAUGACUGGAGAAAAUGCGGCCAACCAGGGAGGCAAUUUUGGGGGCGCCCACACAACGCAUAACUUUGGCCAUAAUGAAAAUCCGAAUUUCAUGAACAGCCAUUUUUUAAGUAAAUCUAAAAUGUACAACAGCGGGCAAAGUAACCAUGUGGAUGAUGCAAAUGUCGAGGCGAGUCAUAUGGUGGCCAUGAAUCGACACAUAAAUAGUAACAGCGCGAAUUUUCAACCCUACGCGCCAAUGUAUUAUGAGGGUAAUGCUACUGGCCAGGGUGAUAGCAACAAUAGCAAUCCCUACAAUGAGAACGCAAAUUAUAUAGCAAAUUACCGAAGGAAUGAUAUAAGCAUGCAAGAUGGAUUCCAAAAUGAAUCGUUCAAAGAAAAUGAGCAAGAAAUUAUUAGUGACUCGAUGGAUGAUUAUUACGAGAAAGGCAAUGAGCACCAUGGGUAUGUGCGCCAAAGCCUGGAGUGCACUCCGAGGUCGAGCUGUGUACCGUAUAACGCCGCGUCAUAUGGCACCACCGAUGCGUGGGGAAAUAAUUGCAGCAACAGCGGCAGUAACAAUAGCGGCAGCAACAACAGCGGUAGUAAUAAAGUCAACAACAAUGGAAGGUGUAAGCGCGGCGCAAAUAACAACCACAGUAAUAUCAACCAUGCCGUGUCUUCUUAUACCGUGAAUAAUGGCGAUGAUGGAUAUAUGCACCCGAGCGGUGGAAGCUGUGCAUACGAUGUGGAUGCGAACAACGGGAUGUACGUGAACAGCAACAAUGCCAGCUUGUGUGACACGUAUGUGAAUGUUAUGAACGCCAUGGGCGGCAGUGUUGUAGGUGAAAACUUCAACGUUAGUCACUCCAAUGGUGCCGUCUUCAACAGCAGCAACUCAAGCAGUAAGCAUGUCGAAGGCGUGAACAAGGUAGGCGCGAAUGGCUGCGAAGGGAUGAACACCAACUCGACGGUCAGCCAUGAUACCACAUGCCCCAUCAACUAUGAAGAGGAUGAAAAUGAUGAGGACAAUGGUGCUCACGAGGAAGGCGUGAAGAGCGGCAACGACCCACGCGGAUUCAUGUGCGCGCCAGAGGAGGGCCAUGUACGCGUUAUGGGGACCACGUUGGACGCGGCGGAGAAUGACCACGUACAACACUCCCAUUCCAUGUUCAACACAAACAAGUACAAUGCAUUCAGUUACAACCAGUUCUCCAGAUUAGACAGUAGCUACAGUAGACGGAGCAGCACAACUAAUUCUAUGAACGUGUCGAGUAUGAACGAUUUCGAUAACUCCCCAUCAUGUUCUAAUGGCCACAAUACAGCCAUGCAGAAGCAGGGGCAGAAUAUGAAGCAGUUUGUUGAGAAUGGACAGAACCAAUACUUAGAACCCACCACCAAUGGGUACACUAACCUUAGACCUAACGCUAGUGGCAACAGGGAUAUAGCGGAUUGUAGAAUGAAUGGAAUGAAAAUGAAAAAUGACGAUGUCCCAAUGGAUAUGAAGGGAAAUGAUGACAUGGAGAUGAGUGGCAUAAGGGAUAGUCAAGUAGGUGCAAAUGGCCGAAUUGGCAACAGCACGAGUAGUAGUAGCGAAUUGGACCACUUGAAAAAUAAGCCUAGGAAGAAAUUCUCCACGCACAUGCCAAAUGAGGCAGGACGCGGAGGGGUUUUCAAAAAUGUCCGCUGCAGCACUGCACAGGUUAAAUACGGUGAUACGAAAAAAGGAAAUGGUGAUGACAUGGCCGAGUACAACCAAGAGGUAGAAUACAAUGUAAACGAAUCGUAUGAUGUUAGUCGGGACAACGACAUGAACCGUGAGGUCGACUCCAACCAUCAGGUGCAGAGCGCAGAAAGUUACUCAAACGUAUUAGUCGAUAAGGCGCAAAUGAGAAAUGGAGGUACUUACGAAACUGUGCCUAAUUUCAGUGGGGAUAAUGGGCAUGUGAUGUACAAGGUCGAACAAAAUGUUAAGUCGAACGGAGGAGGAGGGAUGCCCAAUUCUGCGGAUCACCUCAGAGCAGGAAGCUACCAAAAGUGUAAAAGCUACAUGAGGAAAACGAGCGACCUUGCUCAUAUGUAUGACCCUAAUGGGGAAAUGAAUAACUCCAGCAAUGGUGCCCCUUACUAUAUGAGCAACGCCACGUCGAAAUCUUCAUACUUCCUGUUGCCAAAUGGGAACCCGUCCAUUAAUGACCUUGGCAACGGGAUGAGUUACGAUGGGGGUAAUGGGGUGUCCACGGAGGAAGGCGUCCAUGCAACCGGUACAAACACAGCGACUGUUGGAACAUCGGCCGCUGCUGCAAAUGUAGCCCCCGCGAUGGACUAUAGAAACAACAUGGGCUAUUUCGAAAACGGUUAUGAUUAUGUGAACCCCCAGCCUGGAGCACAUAACAGUUACACCAACCAGUGGAUACACCCAAUGAAGGGUUACGCUUCUGAGCAAAAAAUGCAAGUACCUAUGAACCAGAACUCAGGUUACAGCAGCAUGAAUGGUGGCAAUUAUCUAAUGCCAAAUGGGAAUAGUCCUGUUAAAAAGUCCAUUAUUCGCGUCUACAGCAGUGUAUAUAACAUGAUGUUGUUGGCGAAAGGUAGGGGUGCUGACACUCGUACUAACGUCAACGGUGGUGUGAAUAACCUGAACAGGGGAAAUGAUUAUCCAGUGGAUACAACAUGUGAUAUGAACAGUAUGCGCAUGCAUAAUGGACAUUAUAAUAGUAACAACUUUAAUACCAUGGACCCACAAAAUACCUCAAAGGAUUUGAACACUUUGAAUAAUAUUAUGUGCAUGAAUGGCGAGACUGCCAUAAAUCAUAUGAACAUGUUAGUCAUACCUAAGAUUAAAGGAGUCCGUUUUGACAAAUCAGGGAGAAGAUGGGUAGCUAGCUGGAGUCAAAAUGGAAAUCAAAAGAGACAGUACUUUCCUAUUAAGAAAUUUGGCCAAACGCAAGCGAAAUAUAUGGCCAUUUUUGCCAGGAUAAGGGCUGUCAAGUAUAUGCAGAAGAAGCCACACGUGGGAGCAGAGAAUAAGAGAAGUGUGUGCAGGAAAAAUGUCAAGGAAAAAAUGAAGGCCGAAUCGAACGAUGACAAUAAUGACUAUUACGACGAGUGUAAUGAGGACGAUGUGGAUGGGGAUGGUGAUGCCGAUGUUGAUGGCGAUGCAGAUGGCGAUGCAGAUGGCGACGGCGCCUUCAACUAUGGAGUGCAAAGCUGUGCCGACGAAAACGAGGGAUUCUACAACCAACGUUUGACGAACGAAGCCCCAAACGAAUUAGGCGAUGAAUCUACGCUGAGAAACAACUACUGCGGGCAUCAGGAUACACCAUGUGGCCUGACGCAGAAUGGCAUGCCCAUUAACAACAACGAUGCCACACACGAUAUGGGGGGUUGUAAUUUUCAGACAUAUGCCCCUGUGAAUUCAUCCCCGAAAGGUACUAAUGGGGAGCAGGACGAAGCGACUGAUCCAGCGCUGCAAAGUAUGAAGACAAAAUAUGAACUGGAGGAGAACCCCCAAAUGAUGCCCUUUCAGAUGCAUGGCGGAGGAGGCACAAAUGUAAAUGAAGCGUCUUCUCACCAGAUGGCCGUUUCGGAGUGGGUGCACGGAUAUAAUCGACAUUUUGGAGCGUGCCCAGAAAAUGCUAUUUUGAAGGGAGAUGAUCGCGAGGAAGGGGAGCAGAAUUUGGUGGAGGGGGAAGAAAAUAACGCACAGGCUGAGAAUUGGCAAGACAGGAAUGGAGAUUCCCUCUUAAAUGGUGUCAACCAUGAUGACGAAAAUGCACAUGAGAUGUCUGGAACGGAGAAAAUGAACAAAUGUGAUGAGGAUGAUAAUGGGGCGGAAAACUGUAACGAUGCCGAGGGAGAAAUGGUUGACCAAGAACAUGCACAUCCCCACCUAGAGGACACGGAGGGACAAGGAACGAACAGCGAGGACGCGGAUGCAGACGGAGAAAUGCCCCACGGGGACGACUCCGAAACGGAUGGAGAACCCCCUAACGAAAUGAAGCAUGCAAUGAAGCAUGACCGUGUUGUAAAGACACAGCAACAGACGCACGGGAAGGAAAACCAGGUCAUUUUAAUGAACGUAAAUCUGAUUCAAAUGAAAGGAAUAGUCGACAUAGAAAAAGGAAAGGAACAAAGCAACCACGUAAAGGAAAAUUUGAAGAAUCUCAUUCUAAUGGUAGAAAGACUGAAAAGGAGAAAGCUUGAAAUAUGUAGAGACGAAAAUGGCCAAGUCGUGUUCAACCUAGGCAAAGAAAUCACAGAACAGUUCACCAACAACCUUGAUCAACUUAUUGAGCUAAACGAAAAUGAAACAAUGAUUCUGUUCACGCAUUUGAAGGAAUACUAUUUAUGUGAGGCGAAUUUAAACAGCCAUGGGAAAAAUGUGAACCUAGAAAUUCGUAAAAAUGAAAUAAAGGACCAUGCAAAUGAUGAACAGGGUAACCAUAAGGAACAGCUUCCAAUUGAAAAGACAGGCGAACCGUGCAGUGGUGAAAGUGCAUCCGAUGAUGGUAUGUCGAAUGGGAACAGAUUUAAAAGACAAAGAAGUGACGCAUGUGUAGACGUACUUACUAAUAUGCAAAAGUCAACCCAUGCCAUGAGGAUAGGAUGUUAUGACCAAUUGGACACAAAAGGUGCAUUGGGUGCACAAAGUUACGAAAUGGAAGGCUAUGGGAAUUGUGGUGCAGACGUGGAAUUGACGAACGAAGAAACAUACGAGCAGACAAGUGAGGGCACGUACGAGCAGACCGAUGCGUCCACGCUCAUGGAGAAUGGGUCUCUUAAUGACAUGAGCAGAUACAAUGGUAGUAAUGAAAACACGUGCUUUGGUGCAGAUGUGGAUGGGGAAAUCUCUGCCGGGGUGGCUGAGUCCUUGGGGGAUGAUGAUGGUGAUGGUUCUACUGGUCGAAGUGCUAACCAGCUGGUCUCGGGCAUCUCAGACGAAGUGAGCAAAAGUGGAGAGGACACAGAUUGGAGCAGUGAUGAUGUCCCGGGCAGCAGAUGUAGUAGCGACACAGAUGAGCAAGCCGGGCUGGAGGAUCCAAGCUAUUUGAGGAAUCAUAUGAUCGCGUCGCAAAAACUAUGA